AAGGAAAUGCACCCAUAUUUUAGUUAUUACGGUAGAUACAGGUUUGGUAAUGGUAAAACUCGCACUCAGAGUUGGUCACUUCACUGCUAAAUUUGCCAUGGCCAACUUUAAAUUCAUAGAUAUUGGUAUUAACCUUACUGACCCCAUGUUCAGGGGAAUAUACAGAGGAAACCAAAAACAUGAAGAUGAUUUUGCGCAAAUUAUUGAAAGAGCUCUGAGUGUUGGGGUUCAGAAGUUUAUGAUCACCGGUGGAAAUCUGGAGGACAGCAGAGAAGCUCUGAAACUAGCACACAGCCGAGAGGAGUUCUUCAGUACUGUAGGUUGCCACCCGACUCGCUGUGCUGAGUUUGAUCAGCAGGGGGCAGAGCAGUAUUUCUCCGCACUCAGAGAGCUGACCAUUAGUAACAGAGGGAAGGUGGUGGCUGUCGGGGAGUGUGGACUAGAUUUUGAUCGGCUGGAAUUCUGUCCAAAAGAGACCCAGCUCAAGUACUUUGAGAAGCAGUUUGAUUUGGCAGAAGAAACCAAACUGCCCAUGUUCCUGCACUGCAGAAACUCUCAUCAGGAAUUCCUGGAUAUUAUGAAAAGAAACCGUGACAGAUGUGUUGGAGGGGUGGUUCACUCCUUCGAUGGGACCAAAGAGGACGCUGCUGCUCUGAUAGACCUGGACCUUUAUAUCGGCAUUAACGGCUGCUCUUUGAAGACGGAGGCGAAUCUCGAGGCCAUGAAAUCCAUUCCCACAGAGAGACUCAUGAUCGAGACAGACGCUCCGUGGUGUGGCAUCAAAAACACACACGCAGGAUCCAAGUUCAUUAAAACAACGUUCCCCACAAAGAAGAAGUGGGAGGCAGGACACUGUCUGAAGGAUAGGAAUGAACCCUGUCACAUCAUCCAGGUGCUGGAGGUGAUGGCAGCAGUGAGGAACGAGGAUCCGACAGAGAUGGCCAACACUAUCUACAACAACACGCUGAAAGUGUUCUUCACUGGCAGCUGAUGCCGCACCACCUCACCGUGUGCCUUUAGAAGUCUGAAUGAGAAAACGGUGGUCCUGUGAGAACUAAGUGUGUUUACUCAGCGGAUCUUCUGAUCUGCUGAUGCCCAGGGUUCUGUCACUUACUGUACGAGUUCACUUGCAGCAGAGAUCCCGAGACUGAACCUUUCACACGGCUGGUGCAAUGCUGAAAUGCAUUUUAAUAAACACAUGCUCGAUAUGAAAA